AAGAAAAUAGAGAUUCUACGAGAGAUUAUGUUCCCUCUUCUAGAAUCUAUAGACCUAUUAGAUAUUAAUGGUACGGAAUACCCGGAAGCCGUAAGUAUCCCUAGGGAAAUCACGGACGAUAAUAUACUCGGCGCUAUUAAGAUACUCCCGAACGAUAAAGCGCCUAGGCUAGACGGAAUUCUAAAUCGAUGCCUUAAGAGGACUAUAUAG